AAGCAUUCAUUAGCCCUUCGGACGUGUUACGUUAAACUGGACCUUAUGGACCUUAAACAUAUUGAAAAACUCGUAUACAACCCAUCUCUACGUACAUAUUGUGUACAUAUUGUGCAUGAACAAGCCCCGGGGCAAUGAGUCAAUCAUGGUGUGCAUUUAAGUGUCAACUGGUUUUACACGACGAGCUAGGUCCGCGCUUGUCAUCGUGACUAGCAGGUCCACCACCAAUCGCAAGGCGGUCUUCCGGUGAUGUUCACAGGAUAUGUACCAACACAGCGAAUAGAUACUGGAGUCAUUCCAAUGCUGGAAGUUUACACGUCUAAAAGUGGAUAUUUGGAAACUACGCAACGAAGGAAACUCCUUCCAGCAGCCAUUCGUGAAAGGAGUUAAGAGAGAACGCUGAAAUUCACCACAAAAAGGAACAAUGUCUGAAGUUACAAAGCAAAGGCGACAAAUCGGGCUAUGUAGGAUCAUCGUGGGCGUACUAGUUCUGAUAUUGAUCGCCGUCAUAAUUGCAUUUGCGAUCGUGGUGUCGAGACUUAAGUCGCAAAUCAACGGAGUACCAGAUUCUUGUUCGGAUUCUUUAGCUUUCACCAUCAACCUCGAUCCUCCCGCAACGCUCCCUCCGUUUCAUGAUCUCACUGCGGACGAGAUUAUACAAGUAAAAGAAUUUCUUUACCGUCAAGAGGACCUCUACCUCGUUCGACCAUCUUCGAUUGCUCUAAAUACAAGCUACAUUUACUCUAUGGAGCUGCAUCCUCCGAAUAAGAAGAUAACGAUUGAUUAUCUUGACAUCAAGAAAGCGCAGCCACAGCGAGAGGCUAAAGUUUUUAUUUUCCGAGGCGAUACUUCGGAUCCUUCGUGCGAAGAAUACACAGUGGGUCCGUUACCAAACCCUCUAUACAAAAAGGACGCCAAGAAACACCCAUUCCGUUUCCGUCCUCUUACAGCACCGGAACUGGUUACUGCAAUAACAAUGCUAGAGCAGACGGUUAACAUGAAAGCCAGUCGCAUUCUAAGUGAAAGCUACGGCGGACAAAUUGGCGGUUAUUGCAAAGAUAACUGUUUAAGCUUUGCUAUGAUCACUCCGAUGUCAUCUGCAGUCUCGGGACAACCACGCACGAGGAAAAUGUGGUUUUGGCUGACACCUGUCCUUGAAUACUUUCCUUCCCAUCCCCGUGAUUUCAUAAUUCGGGUCGAUGUGACUGACAUUAAUAAUUACUUCAUUGAUCGUAUAUUCCAUGCCGGCAAAAUGUUCCGCGAUCUGGAUGAACUGGUCCGCAUGUACGAUAGCGGGUCUUUCAAUAAAACACGAAUAGAAUUCCCCAAACUUGAUAGGAAUCUUUACUCGUCGAUGAACAGACGUGGAAAGUUUUUCCCGUCUACAACUUUAAGCCCACCGUUGCAGUACGAACCAGACGGUAAACGUUAUUCAAUAGAAGGGCGACAUGUGGAAUAUAUGGGUUGGAGUUUUGAUGUCCGAAUGUCUUCUACAUCGGGACCUCAAGUGUGGGACAUACGCUACAACAACAAGCGAAUUGUUUACGAGUUAAGUUUACAAGAAAUAUCAGUGUUUUAUUCUGCAAAUAACCCCGCGCUUAGAUUCGCAGAUUUUAUAGACAGCAUUGCUUUGUUUGGGACAAGAGCAAGAUCGUUAAUUUCUGGAACUGAUUGUCCGCACCAUUCCACAUACCUUAGCGCAACUCACUCGAUCGAAAACAUGGGAGAACCAUAUUAUGUGGACAGGGCGUUUUGCGUAUUUGAACAAAACACAGGAAUACCAUUACGGCGACAUCUAACUAGUUCCGGAACUAGCAAAAAGGUAUACGAAGGCAUGAUGGACAUUGUAUUGACAUUGCGAACCAUACUGACAGUUGCAAACUACGAUUAUAUAUUCGAUUUUAUAUUUCACCAAAACGGCGCUCUAGAGGUCAAGGCUUCGUCUACAGGAUACAUUUUAACAACGUUUGCAUUUGAUGGUGAAGAUGAUUAUGGGUUUCGACUUAAGGAUCACAUCACCGGCAAUAUUCACCACCACAUGUUCCAUUUCAAGGUUGAUAUGGAUAUAAACGGCGCGGAAAACAGGUUCGAAACACUAGAGAUCACACCAGUCGAUGUGGACAACACGCAAUGGUCGAACGCAGCAAAUGCGAAAUACUCACAAACAAAGUUAGUUAAAAAGCUGAUACGAUAUGAAUUAGAGGCUGCGGUGGAUUAUGAUUUCUCCACUCCAAAAUACUUGACAUUCUAUAACAAGGACGUAACCACGGCAACAAGGGUUCCACGAGCUUACCGCCUUUAUAUUGAAGGCAUGUCAAAACAGAAAGUAAAGCUCGGAAGCGGCAACGAGCCUUCCAUUUCCUGGGCCCGGCACCAACUAGCGGUCACCAAACGCAAGGAGGACGAGCCGAGAAGCAGCUCCAUCUACGCCUCCUGGGACGCAGAGAUGCCAGUCGUGAACUUCCAGAGCUUUCUAGAUGAUAAUGAAGCUCUUACAGAUCAGGACCAAGUUGCUUGGGUAACCAUGGGGAUGCACCACAUUCCCCACAUGGAAGAUCUACCAGUGACAUCCACAGUCGGCCUUGACCUCAGGUUCUUCCUUCUGCCUUAUAACUACUUCGACGAGGACCCGGCCAUGGGGUCUGGGGAUGCAGUGAGGAUCGAACCCAAGAAUCAAAUGGCUUUAAACGAGGGCUUAAAUAUCUUACAGUACGGAAAGAGUGAGAAUCCGGUUUGCAUGCCAAGAAAGUUCUCGUUUAUGGAUGACUUACAGACAUCACCUAGAAGUAUUUUCGAUGACCCGAACGAUGCAUCUUCUCCUAUAGUUUAGCUUUUUGUUAUCAAUAGCAUGCUGUAUAAUACCAUUUCAAGAUAGAAAAUGUCAACAUUGUAAUGUUCUUGAGGAUGAAUAUCAUUUUUACUAGAAUGCUCUUCUUAUGAUGAUAUUAGGAAAUUGUAUAUAAAUAAAUAUUACUGGAAAAGACCAAACAUGAUAAAAUUUAUUAAAUUAAUGAAAUCGGAUAAUACAAGUACCAACAGAAACUUAGCUAUGUAUGUACAUAAAGCAUUAAGUCAAAGAAACCUGUAUAAAUAUUAUUAUGAUUAAUUGUAUAUAAUGCAUUACCUAAACUUGACUUCUCGCUCUCUACUCUAGUAGAUUUGUCUUUGUUGUUUUGAUGUUACCGUUAUAGCAUUGAUUGUAAAAUAGAUUCUAAAUGUUGUAAUCCAAAAAAAUGUGUCCUAGACCUUUUCAUGUAUUGAUACAUGUACUUUAUUUAACAAAUUAUAAAAUUCAAUACUGAUCACAUGUCAUGCCUUUAUAUAUGUUACUAUGUUUUAAUCAUGUGUACUCAUGGACAGUUUGUCUAUUGUAUAUAUUGAAUAAACCAUUAUAAUACUGC